AUGCCUCCAAAGCGUAAAGCAGCUGCCCAAACUCGGGCUGCCAUCAAGGGCAAGAAGGUUAAAAAGGAACCAGAGCUGAAACCUGAACCAGAGGAAGACAAUUUCUUGUCUACCAUGGCAGCACUGAAAGCAGCUCCCAAGGAGAAGUCCAAGGCCAAAAUUGAUACUGCCUGUCAGCUGAGUCAUGACAAUGGUGCCCAGAUUUACCAAGACUAUGACUGUAUGCUGAACCAAACCAACAUUGGCUACAACAAUAACAAGUUCUACAUCAUCCAGCUGAUAGAGCAAAAUGGGAACUACAGUUGCUGGAACCGCUGGGGCCGUGUAGGGGAAGUAGGGCAAUGUAAACUCAGCAGUUGUCCAACCUUGGAAGCUGCCAUGAAGGCUUUUGAGAAGAAAUUUCAAGAGAAGACAAAGAAUAAAUGGGCUAACCGAGAGAAUUUUAUUGCGCAUGAUGGCAAGUAUACCCUCAUUGAAGUACAACAUGAAGAUAAAGAGGAACAAGAGGUAACAGUAAAGGUGGACGAUGUGGAUGGAAUUAAGUCAUUUAAACAAAAGAUACUACCUUGCACUUUGGACAAGCACACCCAGAAUCUUAUGACACUCAUAUUCAGCAAUGAUAUGUUUAAAGAAGCCAUGCAGACCAUGAAUAUAGAUGUGAAGAAGAUGCCACUGGGAAAGCUGAGCAAACAGCAGAUUGCCAAAGGCUUUGAGGCUUUGGAAACUCUUGAAGAAGCUCUAAAGAAGCAACGACCUUCCCAGAAGCAACUGGAGGAACUUUCAUCCCGCUUUUAUACCAUUAUUCCCCACAACUUUGGUCGUAGUCGGCCUCCAUCCAUCAACACACAAGAAGUUGUCCAAGCUAAGAAGGAUAUGCUUCUGGUCCUAGCAGAUAUUGAACUGGCCCAGAGUUUACAAGCUCAAAAGAAGGAGGAGGAGGAAGAGGAAGAGAAGGAAAUGGUGAAAGAAGUUCUGCACCCCCUGGACAAGGACUAUGGGCUUUUGAAAUGUGAACUCACCUUAGUGGAUUCAUCAUCUGAGGACUAUAAGCUGAUUGAAACCUAUGUGAAGCAGACAAGCUCCCCUUACCAAAAGCUUCGUAUCAUGAAUAUUUGGAAGGUCAACAGAGAGGGUGAGAGCCAUCGUUUUAAGACUCAUGACCACUUGGGAAAUCGGCGCCUACUCUGGCAUGGGACCAACAUAGCUGUCGUUGCUGCCAUCCUGAAGAGUGGCUUGCGCAUCAUGCCCCAUUCCGGUGGCCGUGUUGGCAAGGGAAUUUACUUUGCUUCUGAGAACAGUAAAUCAGCAGGCUAUGUGGGCACUACCUCCAGCCGGGAGGGAAUCAUGUUCCUGACCGAAGUGGCCCUGGGCAAGGUACAUUACAUCACUCAAGAUGACUCCUCAUUGUGCCAGCCCCCAGUGGGUUACGAUAGCGUCCAGGCUUGUGGCCAUACCGAACCUGACCCUGCAUGCGAUAAAGAGCUUAUCCUGGAUGAGAAAAAAGUGCUGAUACCACAAGGAAAGCCCAUUGUUAUGACUAAGUACCAAAACAGCCACUUCAGCCAGAGUGAGUACUUGAUCUACCAGGAGAAUCAAUGUCGCAUCCGCUAUCUGGUCCAGCUUCGUUUUUGAGGCUUUUCAGGGGCUGCUUUUUCUGCUGGACUCUACCCAUUUACUGGCUCUCGUCUUUCCAGCGCUGAGUGGCUAUCUUAAGAACCUGCCUUGAGUUGGUCAGUUAUAUUCCCCAGUUCUCCAUCCAGAGUUCAUUCAGUAAUCAUGGCUUCUAGUUCUGCAGAGAAGAGUGUGAUGUGACUGUCUUGUUUUGAAUAGUAUGGUGGCUUCCGUAAGGCAGAUAAGGACUCUGUGGAUGUCCAGCAAAACAAAGAUGAAAUCAUUGCCAGACUGUUGCUAUAAAAGGUAUCACGACAAGGGCUAAUGACUUUUGGAAAUCUCUUGGAUCCGAAUAGUCUAAAAAUAAAAAAAACUCUAUUAAAU